AUGGUCCUCGGCAAGGUUGCCCACUACGCCUUCGACGCAGUCCUAGUCUCCGCCUUCCUGGCCGGCGUCCGACGCUCCACAGGCCUCACUGUGAAGCCCGAGCAAUUCAGCGACACCCCCAGCGUGCAGAAGUGGCUCGACAACUACCUGUGGGUCGGCGAGACGGUCAUGGACCAGAGCGUGGCCUUGUUCGCCAGCUCCAGCUACUUUGAGAGGAAGCGAUAG